UUACUCUGAACCAUUGGCUGAGACCUCCGAAGCAAAUUUCGAGUAUUUUCUCUCACCGGUAGGUGUGUGUUAAGAACAACUCGCCAUGCCGCGUCUAUGUGUGCCCUCUAAAAGAAAUCCACCGUCCAAACCAUCUGGAACAGAAAUUCCGCAGUUAUUGGCCAGCAGCGGUUAUAGACGGGUAUAGGCUAGCCACAAGGUUACGCCCGCGAGGCCAUAGCGGCGUAGCCCGCUGCCGCUGGCGACGAGUGGACCGGUGUGGGGCCCCCAGUGGUGGCCGGCAACAGACGAGCCGAGCUGGACCUCUCAAUCUUACAGUACAGGACGCGUGCGUGAAGUGGAUGCACCCCGUGUGUGCAUGCCGUGGAUGGCGCCAGUUCGGUGACAUGGAGCGCCUCGCCCUCCGGGCGGCCCUGCUGCUGAUGCUGUUCGUCCUGCUCUCGGCCGACUACUCAUCCCUCGUGUCCUCGGUGUUCACCGCCCUCGGCGGCACGGUGGUCGCCCCCUCGCCACCCAGCCAGGACCCCAGGAGGACGCCGACGGCCCCGGGUAACCUUGGGCCGCUACGUCGGGCCGACUUGGUUCGAGCCGAGAACUCACUCGAGGACGGCGACAACGAGGAUGACGAGGACGGCGAGGAUGUCGAAGAUGUCUUCGACCUGGGCGGUGGGGCCACUGCUAAACUGUUCACCGCCGCUGGUCGCUCUCGUCUCUUGGCGACCAUGCGCACGUCGUGCCUGCCGAAGCUCAUCUGCGAGCUACACGCUGCACCACAUCGGCAGAACCUGGGCGAGUCAGAGCGCUCUCUCCUCGCACUUAUCCGAGAGACGAGCAUAAGCGCCACCGCUGAGGUGACCUCCAAGUAUCACUUCGCGGCGCACAUGGGUCAGCUGAUUGCGGGCGUCGAUGGCACGGGGUGUCACAACUUUUACCCAGCCUGUCCCUUUCCUGGGGCACAGGUGCUUUCCAUGAUGAAAAAAGUUCGUGUGCGUUGACCAGAGCUUGAUUUACUCGGAUGAUAUUUUUUCCUUGGGAUGAGUGUGGUAUGGUCUCUUUGUGGCCAAACUCCCAUGUUAAAUCAUAAGGAAUGAUAAUUACAGCUUGACUGCGGAACGUGAUUAGGGAUUUGUUUUAACGCUGCUCAAACCGUUACAAAAUAUUGUUAACGAUUUGGCAAACCACCGAAAUAUUUUUGUGUGACUGUGUCGAGACGACCGGGUCGCGGUAACUAGUAUCGCUACCACAUUGUGAUUAGCACAACCAUAAAUUUGAACAUUACCUCCGAAACUUGGACGUCCGUAUAGAAACAUGUUCAAAUAAACAACACCUGAACAUUGCAUUUUUGAAGUCAGUUAAAGCUGUAAGUAUAAUUCACAUGUAUAUUUGUCAGUUCUUUUAAAAUAAUUGAAAAUUUGUAGACGCUGUAUAUUUUGAUUUCGGUCUGUUCGGUUUGACUUUUACACAUUAGCUAAAACAAAAUGGCUCCGGCACAUGGAUAGUAACGCAAAGUAGUUGUUUUCUUGUUGGCGUCCAACGCAAACCAAGGAAUAGUUUUGAACCUUCAAAUAUUUUUCUGAUGUUGUCCAUUCUCGUUUAUUAACGAUAGAACGUUGUUACUUUUGAACCAAAAAUUUAGCCAACAUUAUUUUUGUUUGGAGGUAAGUUUUCUGCCGCGUUAAUGAAUGAAAUUGUAAUGGUCCUGCUGAUAAAUUUGGGAGGAAAACGGAGUCACUCCACGUUUAUCUGUGAUCUCGUCUACUGUUUCCAACGAUUGGUUUGUGCAGUCACUUCCUUUCGGCGGAACAUCCUUAGCAAACGGUGUACGAACUGUGUUAGAAAGUAAGUGAGUGAUUGCUAGUCUAAACUUUUUAUGUAGUAUUUAGGCUCUUCAGUGCCUGAACAAGUACGAUCUACGUCACGGUGAGAUAAUUCUCGCCGUGCUUCUAGUCCGGCAGCCUGUACACGUCUAAAGGAACUUCCCACCCUAGAUUCCAGCUUUUCUACGAGAGUGUAUCGACUGUCUUCUUGUGUAGAUGUUAUUCUGUUUGCAAUGGCAUGAGCUUAAUACAAUUAAGUUAAGCUAAGCAAGCAACUGGCCUGCCCAUAGUUACCAUUACUGUGAUGAGCGCUAAUUGUGAACAUAUGUAGCGUCCACUUCCUUUUCCGAUCCCAUAGGCUUAGACGUAUUAUUUAAUAGGAAUUUGGUGUAUUUUUGUACGAUUUUCAAUGAAAAAUAAAUGAAAGUCAAACGUACUUCUAAAA